AGAGGCGGGGCGCGCGCGUCGCCGCACUACCCGCUGCGGAGCGAACGGGGAGGAACGGAGGCUGCUGAGCCUCGUCGGUUCCUCCAGCACCCCCCGGCCCGACGCACCCACUGCCCCCACCCCCAGGAGCCGAAAAUGGACCCAAGCGGGGUCAAAGUGCUGGAGACAGCAGAGGACAUCCAGGAGAGGAGGCAGCAGGUCCUGGACAGAUACCACCGCUUCAAGGAGCUUUCGACGCUUAGGCGCCAGAAGCUUGAAGAUUCGUACCGAUUCCAGUUUUUCCAAAGAGAUGCUGAGGAGCUGGAGAAAUGGAUUCAGGAGAAACUGCAGAUUGCAUCUGAUGAGAACUAUAAAGACCCAACCAACCUGCAGGGCAAGCUGCAGAAGCAUCAGGCCUUUGAAGCUGAGGUGCAGGCCAACUCGGGAGCCAUUGUGAAGCUGGAUGAAACCGGCAACCUCAUGAUCUCAGAAGGGCACUUUGCAUCUGAAACCAUCAGGACUCGUUUGAUGGAGCUGCACCGCCAAUGGGAGUUACUUCUGGAGAAGAUGCGGGAGAAAGGAAUCAAGCUACUGCAGGCCCAGAAGCUGGUGCAGUUCUUACGAGAAUGUGAGGACGUGAUGGACUGGAUCAACGACAAGGAGGCAAUUGUGACUUCUGAGGAGCUGGGCCAGGACCUGGAGCAUGUGGAGGUUUUACAGAAGAAAUUUGAAGAGUUCCAAACGGACAUGGCUGCCCACGAGGAGCGGGUUAAUGAAGUGAGCCAGUUUGCCGCCAAGCUCAUUCAGGAGCAGCACCCCGAGGAGGAGCUCAUCAAGACGAAGCAGGAUGAGGUGAACGCAGCCUGGCAGCGGCUGAAGGGACUGGCCCUCCAGAGGCAGGGGAAGCUGUUCGGGGCAGCCGAGGUUCAGCGCUUUAACAGGGAUGUGGACGAGACCAUCAGCUGGAUUAAGGAGAAGGAACAGUUAAUGGCCUCUGAUGAUUUUGGCCGGGACCUGGCCAGCGUCCAGGCUCUGCUUCGGAAACACGAGGGUUUGGAGAGAGAUCUCGCUGCGUUGGAGGACAAGGUCAAAGCUCUGUGCGCCGAGGCCGACCGCCUGCAGCAGUCCCACCCUCUGAGCGCCACCCAGAUCCAAGUGAAGCGAGAGGAGCUGAUCACCAACUGGGAGCAGAUCCGCACCCUGGCCGCAGAGAGACAUGCACGUCUCAACGAUUCCUACAGGCUUCAGCGCUUCCUUGCCGACUUCAGAGACCUUACCAGCUGGGUCACUGAGAUGAAAGCCCUCAUCAAUGCAGAUGAACUUGCCAACGAUGUGGCUGGGGCCGAAGCCCUGCUGGAUAGGCAUCAGGAGCACAAGGGUGAAAUUGACGCUCAUGAAGAUAGCUUUAAAUCUGCCGAUGAGUCUGGACAGGCCCUGCUUGCUGCUGGUCAUUACGCCUCAGAUGAAGUGAGGGAGAAGCUGACCAUCCUCUCCGAGGAGCGGGCCGCGCUGCUGGAGCUGUGGGAGCUGCGGCGGCAGCAGUACGAGCAGUGCAUGGACCUGCAGCUCUUCUACCGCGACACUGAGCAGGUGGACAACUGGAUGAGCAAACAGGAGGCGUUCCUGUUGAAUGAAGACCUGGGAGAUUCCUUGGAUAGCGUGGAAGCGCUUCUCAAGAAGCACGAGGACUUCGAGAAAUCCCUCAGUGCCCAGGAGGAGAAGAUUACAGCCUUAGACGAGUUUGCCACCAAACUAAUUCAGAGCAACCACUAUGCGAUGGAAGAGGUGGCGACUCGCCGAGAUGCGCUGUUGAGCCGCCGCAACGCCCUUCACGAGAGAGCCAUGUAUCGCCGGGCCCAGCUGGCUGAUUCCUUCCACUUGCAGCAGUUUUUCCGUGACUCUGAUGAGCUCAAGAGUUGGGUCAAUGAGAAGAUGAAAACCGCCACGGACGAAGCUUAUAAAGACCCAUCCAACCUGCAAGGGAAAGUACAGAAACAUCAAGCUUUUGAGGCUGAGCUCUCGGCAAACCAGAGCCGCAUUGACGCCCUGGAGAAAGCCGGGCAAAAGCUGAUUGACGUCAACCACUAUGCCAAGGACGAGGUGGCAGCUCGAAUGAAUGAGGUCAUCAGUUUGUGGAAGAAACUGCUGGAGGCCACGGAACUAAAAGGAAUAAAGCUCCGUGAGGCUAACCAGCAGCAGCAGUUUAAUCGCAACGUCGAGGACAUCGAACUGUGGCUGUACGAAGUGGAAGGUCACCUGGCUUCGGACGAUUACGGCAAAGACCUUACCAAUGUGCAGAACCUCCAGAAGAAGCACGCCCUGCUGGAGGCCGAUGUGGCAGCACACCAGGAUCGAAUCGAUGGCAUCACCAUCCAGGCCCGCCAGUUCCAGGAUGCUGGCCACUUUGAUGCUGAAAACAUCAAGAAGAAGCAGGAAGCCCUGGUGGCCCGCUAUGAGGCUCUCAAGGAGCCCAUGAUUGCCCGGAAGCAGAAGCUGGCAGAUUCUCUGCGUUUGCAGCAGCUCUUCCGUGAUGUCGAGGAUGAGGAGACAUGGAUUCGAGAGAAAGAACCCAUUGCUGCGUCCACCAACAGAGGCAAAGAUUUAAUUGGAGUCCAGAAUCUGCUAAAGAAACACCAAGCCCUACAAGCAGAGAUUGCCGGACACGAGCCCCGCAUCAAAGCAGUUACACAGAAGGGGAACGCCAUGGUGGAUGAAGGCCAUUUUGCUGCAGAGGACGUGAAGGCCAAGCUCCACGAGCUGAACCAGAAGUGGGAGUCGCUGAAAUCCAAGGCCUCCCAGCGGCGGCAGGACCUGGAGGACUCGCUGCAGGCCCAGCAGUACUUUGCCGACGCCAACGAGGCCGAGUCGUGGAUGCGGGAGAAGGAGCCCAUCGUUGGCAGCACCGACUACGGGAAGGACGAGGACUCGGCUGAGGCUCUGCUAAAGAAACACGAGGCUUUGAUGUCGGAUCUCAGCGCUUAUGGCAGCAGCAUCCAGGCUCUGCGAGAGCAGGCCCAGUCAUGCCGGCAACAAGUGGCCCCCAUGGAUGACGAGACCGGGAAGGAGCUGGUUUUGGCGCUCUACGACUAUCAGGAGAAGAGCCCUCGAGAGGUCACCAUGAAGAAAGGAGAUAUCCUCACCUUGCUCAACAGCACCAACAAGGACUGGUGGAAAGUGGAGGUGAACGAUCGUCAGGGUUUCGUGCCGGCCGCGUACGUGAAGAAGCUGGACCCUGCGCAGUCGGCCUCCCGGGAGAACCUCCUGGAGGAGCAGGGCAGCAUCGCGUUGCGGCAGGAGCAGAUCGACAACCAGACGCGCGUAACUAAGGAGGCCGGCAGCGUGUCUCUGCGUAUGAAACAGGUGGAAGAACUGUACCGUUCCUUGCUGGAACUGGGGGAGAAGCGUAAAGGCAUGCUGGAGAAGAGCUGUAAGAAGUUUAUGCUGUUCCGUGAAGCGAAUGAGCUACAGCAGUGGAUCACCGAGAAGGAAGCGGCCCUGACGAGCGAGGAGGUCGGCGCAGACUUGGAGCAGGUCGAGGUGCUGCAGAAGAAGUUCGAUGACUUCCAGAAGGAUCUCAAGGCCAACGAGUCACGGCUGAAGGACAUUAACAAGGUGGCUGAAGACCUGGAGUCCGAAGGUCUCAUGGCGGAGGAGGUGCAGGCAGUACAGCAGCAGGAGGUGUAUGGCGCGAUGCCCAGGGAUGAAACUGAUUCCAAGACGGCCUCCCCGUGGAAGUCUGCUCGCCUGAUGGUUCACACCGUGGCCACCUUUAAUUCCAUCAAGGAGCUGAAUGAACGCUGGCGGUCCCUGCAGCAGCUGGCCGAGGAGCGGAGCCAGAUCCUGGGCAGCGCCCACGAAGUGCAGAGGUUCCACAGAGAUGCCGACGAAACCAAAGAGUGGAUCGAAGAGAAGAACCAGGCUCUAAACACAGACAAUUAUGGCCACGACCUGGCCAGUGUCCAGGCCCUGCAGCGCAAGCACGAGGGCUUUGAGAGGGACCUCGCGGCCCUCGGCGACAAGGUGAAUUCCCUUGGGGAAACGGCCGAGCGCCUGAUCCAGUCCCACCCCGAGUCGGCAGAGGACCUGCAGGAGAAGUGCACCGAGUUGAACCAGGCAUGGAGCAGCCUGGGCAAGCGCGCCGACCAGCGCAAGGCCAAGCUGGGCGAUUCCCACGACCUGCAGCGCUUCCUCAGCGACUUCCGGGACCUCAUGUCUUGGAUCAAUGGAAUCCGAGGGUUGGUGUCCUCAGACGAGCUAGCCAAGGAUGUCACCGGAGCCGAGGCCCUGCUGGAACGACACCAGGAGCACCGGACGGAAAUUGACGCCAGGGCUGGCACUUUCCAGGCAUUCGAGCAGUUUGGGCAGCAGCUGUUGGCCCAUGGGCACUACGCCAGCCCCGAGAUCAAGGAGAAACUACAUAUUCUAGAUCAGGAGCGUGCAGACCUGGAGAAGGCCUGGGUGCAGCGCAGGAUGAUGUUGGAUCAGUGCCUUGAAUUGCAGCUGUUCCAUCGGGACUGCGAGCAGGCCGAGAGCUGGAUGGCUGCCCGGGAGGCCUUCCUGAGUACCGAAGACAAAGGGGACUCGCUGGACAGCGUGGAGGCUCUGAUCAAAAAACAUGAGGACUUUGACAAAGCCAUUAACGUCCAGGAGGAGAAGAUCGCCGCCCUGCAGUCCUUUGCCGACCAGCUCAUCGCCGGCGGCCACUACGCCAAAGGUGACGUCUCCAGCCGGCGUAAUGAGGUUCUGGACAGGUGGCGACGUCUGAAAGCCCAGAUGAUUGAGAAAAGGUCAAAGCUGGGAGAAUCGCAGACUCUCCAACAGUUCAGCCGGGAUGUGGAUGAGAUUGAGGCUUGGAUCAGCGAAAAAUUACAGACUGCAAGUGAUGAGUCAUAUAAGGACCCUACCAACAUCCAGCUUUCCAAGCUGCUGAGCAAGCACCAGAAGCAUCAGGCCUUCGAAGCAGAACUGCACGCCAAUGCGGACCGGAUUCGAGGAGUUAUCGACAUGGGCAACUCCCUCAUUGACCGCGGGGCCUGUGCCGGCAGCGAGGACGCCGUCAAGGCCCGGCUGGCCGCCUUAGCUGACCAGUGGCAGUUCCUGGUGCAGAAGUCGGCUGAGAAGAGCCAGAAGCUGAAAGAAGCCAACAAGCAGCAGAACUUCAACACGGGGAUCAAGGACUUUGACUUCUGGCUCUCUGAGGUGGAAGCCCUGCUGGCCUCUGAGGAUUAUGGCAAAGACCUGGCUUCUGUGAACAACCUGCUAAAAAAACAUCAACUGCUGGAGGCGGACAUCUCUGCCCAUGAGGAUCGCCUGAAGGACCUGAACAGCCAGGCAGACAGCCUGAUGACCAGCAGUGCCUUCGACACCUCCCAAGUGAAGGACAAGCGGGACACCAUCAACGGCCGUUUCCAGAAGAUCAAGAGCAUGGCGGCCUCCCGGCGAGCCAGGCUGAACGAGUCCCACCGCCUGCACCAGUUCUUCCGGGACAUGGACGACGAGGAGUCCUGGAUCAAGGAGAAGAAGCUGCUGGUGAGCUCGGAGGACUAUGGCCGCGACCUGACGGGCGUCCAGAACCUGAGGAAGAAGCACAAACGUUUGGAGGCCGAACUGGCUGCCCACGAGCCGGCAAUUCAGGGUGUCCUGGACACCGGAAAGAAGCUGUCGGAUGACAACACCAUCGGGAAGGAGGAGAUAGAGCAGCGCCUGGCGCAGUUCGUGGAGCACUGGAAGGAGCUGAAGCGGCUGGCGGCCGCCCGGGGCCAGCGGCUAGAAGAGUCCUUGGAAUAUCAGCAGUUUGUAGCCAACGUGGAGGAGGAGGAAGCCUGGAUCAAUGAGAAGAUGACCCUGGUGGCCAGUGAAGAUUAUGGAGACACUCUUGCUGCCAUCCAGGGCUUACUGAAGAAACAUGAAGCCUUCGAGACAGACUUCACCGUCCACAAGGACCGGGUGAAUGACGUCUGCACUAACGGACAAGACCUCAUUAAGAAGAACAAUCACCAUGAGGAGAACAUCUCUUCAAAGAUGAAGGGCCUGAACGGGAAAGUAUCAGACUUGGAGAAAGCUGCCGCCCAGAGGAAGGCAAAGCUCGACGAGAACUCGGCCUUCCUUCAGUUCAACUGGAAGGCUGACGUGGUGGAGUCCUGGAUUGGUGAAAAGGAGAACAGCUUGAAGACAGAUGAUUAUGGUCGAGAUCUAUCUUCUGUCCAAACUCUCCUUACCAAACAGGAAACCUUCGAUGCUGGCCUGCAGGCCUUCCAGCAGGAGGGCAUCGCCAACAUCACUGCCCUCAAAGAUCAGCUGCUGGCCGCCAAGCACGUCCAGUCAAAGGCCAUCGAGGCCCGGCACGCCGCCCUCAUGAAAAGGUGGAGCCAGCUUCUGGCCAACUCAGCCACCCGGAAGAAGAAGCUGCUGGAGGCUCAGAGUCAUUUCCGCAAGGUGGAGGACCUCUUCCUGACCUUUGCCAAAAAGGCUUCCGCCUUCAACAGCUGGUUUGAAAACGCAGAGGAGGACUUAACAGACCCGGUGCGCUGCAACUCCCUGGAAGAGAUCAAGGCCUUGCGUGAGGCCCACGACGCCUUCCGCUCCUCGCUCAGCUCGGCCCAGGCCGACUUCAACCAGCUGGCCGAGCUGGACCGCCAGAUCAAGAGCUUCCGCGUGGCCUCCAACCCCUACACCUGGUUCACCAUGGAGGCCCUGGAGGAGACCUGGAGGAACCUGCAGAAGAUCAUCAAGGAAAGGGAGCUGGAGCUGCAGAAGGAGCAGCGCCGGCAGGAGGAGAAUGACAAGCUGCGCCAGGAGUUCGCCCAGCACGCCAACGCCUUCCACCAGUGGAUCCAGGAGACCAGAACGUAUCUCCUCGAUGGGUCCUGCAUGGUGGAAGAAUCCGGGACCCUCGAAUCCCAGCUUGAAGCUACCAAACGCAAGCACCAGGAGAUUCGAGCCAUGAGAAGUCAGCUCAAGAAGAUUGAGGACCUGGGGGCGGCUAUGGAGGAAGCCCUGAUCCUGGACAACAAGUACACAGAGCACAGCACCGUGGGCCUGGCCCAGCAGUGGGACCAGCUCGACCAGCUGGGCAUGCGCAUGCAGCACAACCUGGAGCAGCAGAUCCAGGCCAGGAACACGACCGGGGUGACCGAGGAGGCCCUCAAAGAAUUCAGCAUGAUGUUUAAACACUUUGACAAGGACAAGUCUGGCCGGCUGAACCACCAGGAGUUCAAGUCCUGCCUGCGCUCCCUGGGCUAUGACCUGCCCAUGGUGGAGGAAGGGGAGCCUGACCCCGAGUUCGAGGCCAUCCUGGACACUGUGGAUCCAAACAGGGACGGCCACGUCUCCCUGCAAGAGUACAUGGCCUUCAUGAUCAGCCGUGAGACCGAGAACGUCAAGUCCAGUGAGGAGAUCGAGAGCGCCUUCCGGGCCCUGAGCUCCGAAGGGAAGCCUUAUGUGACCAAGGAGGAGCUGUACCAGAACCUGACUCGGGAACAAGCCGACUACUGCGUCUCCCACAUGAAGCCCUACGUGGACGGCAAGGGCCGCGAACUCCCCACUGCUUUUGACUACGUUGAAUUUACCCGCUCGCUCUUCGUGAAUUGAUCCUCUGCUCCUAGGUUAGCCUGGCCCACAUCGCUUGCCCUGCCGUCGCCUUGCUGCAUGUCAACUCAUCUCUGUGCUCUUAAGAAAAAUCCUCCAGACAGUGUUGCUUUCCAUUGUAACCUUAACCUGCUUAGCUUGGGGUGAGACUUAGUAGAAAAUGGUGCUUCAGUAAACUGCUCCUGGUCCAGUCGCCGGUGCCAUGUUGCUGUGGGGACCCUCCUCCCGUCUUGAAGCCAGCUGCCCCAUUCCGACUGCAGAAAUAUCUAAGCAGCUGGCUAGUUCCUCUUUUGUUCUCCCUCCCAACUUUCUGUUUCCGUGUAAAAGACAAAUAAAUGACUCCCCCAAAGCU